AUGAUGGAGUUGGGUUUCAUGGCAGUGGUUGGGAGAAAUGGGGUGGAGUUCCGGAGAAGAAAAGUUACAUCGUACGAUUCAUUGGACCUAAGGUUCGAUUCAGAGGGGAGCAAUGAUCUUCAGGGGGUGCUCGUCGGUUUGCUCAACAAUCAAAUGAGGUGUUGGAACGAUGGUGAGCAGGAGAUGGAAGCCGGUGGGUUUCUGGCUCAUUUUCUCUCGGCAGGAAACUCACCAGUGGAGUUGUUUUUGGUCUCCAACAACAAUAGAAAUUGA